CAUCUAUUAUUCUAAAGUUCCAUUUUUUUUUAUUUUGCUUCUAUAAAGCAUUGGUUUUUUACUUUACCCAGAUGAUGAAUUUCACAAAAUUUUGAUCUUUCUUGCUCGCUUAGUGGAAAAUAACAAUUGGGUAUUCAUCAUUUUCCUAGAAGAGCUAAAUUUAUCAAUGGGUAUUUUUUACCCAGAUGUUGAAUUUCACAAACAAUUUAUCACAGAUUUGUUCAAGUAUUCUAUAAAGUAGUUGCCGUAAGAACUAGUCUAUUCUUAGUCAGCUUGUAUUUUAUGAUAGAUGUGUUGCAAUGCAUAGUGAUAAAGGUGUUAUACUCUUAUUAUGAUUUGGCUUGUUAAAUUUAUCAAUUUCCCCCAUGAACUUUUUAUGUUUUCGUUAAUUGCCGCAGCAAUUGUUUUUAUCAUCAAUUUGAUUAGAAAUGUCUCAUUUAUGCUCUGGAAUCAGGAAUUGAUAUAGCAGCAAAAGAAAGGAAGAGAUAAAAAAUGGCUAACCAAAAGGAGAUUGAGAACAACUCCAGACCCGAUAUAAUCAGUAACUUGCCGAGUAACAUUAUAGAUAAUAUUCUAGUUUUUCUGCCAAUUCAUGAAGCAGUCAAGACUAGUAUUUUGUCCAAGAAAUGGAGGUUCAAUUGGAGAUAUCUUCCCAAACUAGUAUUUGACAGUACUUUUUAUCAGACUUCAAUAAGGCCCUCCUCUACUGCAAAACCUAACAUUACCAAACUCUUUCUUAAUAUCUAUAAAGUUCUAUUACUUCACCGUGGACCCAUAUUCAACUUUACUUUUAAUGUUCCAUUGUUUCAAGGCUAUCCCGAGAUUGACCAAUUGAUGCUUUACCUGAGUGAGAAAGAUGUUCAUGAAUUUUACUUUGAUAUUGGAACACCUGUUUUUGGAUGCUAUACAUUGUCAUCAUUUCUGUUUUCAUUUGUGACAUUGAGGCGCUUGACCUUGUCCUCAUGUUUACUCGAAGUUCCAUUGGCAUUUCAAGGAUUCCCUAAGUUGAUUUCUCUGUCGGUUCAUAUCAAAUUCAAUGAAUUUAAAACUUUCAUCUCCAAAUGCCCAUUACUUGAAACACUUUCAAUAAAAAGUUGUUUCUUCGGAAUGGAUAACUUUGUUAUUAACUUUCCUCAUCUUAAGUUCUUUCAGUUCGAUGGUUGUUUUAUAUCUAUUUAUUUUAGAAAAACUUGUCAGCAUCUUUCAACAGUUAUAUUUGAUGGAGAUUUUAUUAGCGGACACGAGAUCUAUGAAGGGACCAAGCUUUUUGAAUCUCUGCCUCUUAUCGAGCACUUGCGUCUCGGGUCUGGCUUUAUUGAUUACAUGGUUGAAGGAACAAUGCCGAGGAAACUUUCAACGACUCUUGGCUUUCUUAGAGUUCUUGAACUGCCUGAACUAAAUUUUAGGUUUACGGAGAAGGUCUCGUUUGUUCUUUGCUUGAUUGUGAGCUCUCCUAAUUUAGAGAUUCUUGAGAUUGGGUCUGUUUCAUAUAUGGAUGAAAUACAAUUGCCGCUUCUUGCUUUGGAAAUUCUAGAAGUACAAGACCUUUUAGAUAAUGCACUGAAAAGGCUUCGAGUGGUGAAGAUAGAGAUCUUGCACACAGAAGAAGUAAAACCUGAACUCGAAUUUAUUAAGUUUCUGUUGGCUGAAUCGAUAGUUCUAGAAAAGAUGUUUAUACAGCCUCGCAAAGGAACAAUUGCUGAGGAAGGGCUUCAGAUUUUGAAAGAGACACUUCAAUUUCAAUGUUCAUCGAAGAAAGCAGAAAUUGAAUUCUUAGAUGCUGAGGAUGAUGGUGAAGUUAGUAGUGAUGGUAGUCAAGUUAGUAGUGAUGGUAGUGAAGUUAGUAGUGAUGGUAGUGAAGCGUAUGAUGUUUGAUUGUGCGUGCAAUUUAGAAUCAAAUUAUUUUUCCUAGAUGCUUAUCGUUUUGGUGAAUUAGUUAGCAGAUAUAUUACGAAAUCCCGAGUUUCUGAUUUCAUGUUAAGAUGAAUUGCAUACUAUCCUGUGUAACAAUGCUAAGGUUUAUUCAUAUGUUAAAUUUAUUCA